AGAUUAGAGCAAUCAGAUUAGGAGCGUUGCUGUUUCUGUGGCCAUACUGCUGAGCAGAGUGGCAUCCAUCCAUCCGUCCAUCCAUCCAUCCGUCCGUCGGGUGUGUUUCUGCAGCACAGUCUACCUUGUUCCUGCAUCCUGGUGGUCUACAUGCAGCGUACCUCGGACCCGGCGCUCCUUCUGAGGUUUAGCAAAGUCACAUGACCCCAUUUGAAGGUGAGCCAUGAAGACGGGCUCUCAAAUCCGCCUAUUGCUUUGGAAGAACUGGACCCUACGCAAAAGGCAGAAGAUUCGCUUCCUGGUGGAGCUCUUGUGGCCCGUUUUGCUGUUUGUUGGUCUGGUGUGGCUGAGGAGAGCCAACCCGCUCUACCAGCAGCAUGAAUGUCAUUUCCCCAACAAGGCCAUGCCAUCUGCGGGCGCGCUUCCAUGGAUCCAGGGCAUCUUCUGCAAUGCCAACAACCCCUGCUUCAGACACGCCACCAGAGGAGAGUCUCCAGGGGUUGUCUCCAACUAUAACAAUUCAAUAUUGUCACGCUUCUACACAGACAUCUUGGAGAUGUUUAGCGACACAGAGGUGCACCAGCUGAGACGUAUGUGGCAUGAGGUGUCUGCCUUCUCCGACUUCAUGGACACAAUACGCAACAAUCCAGCUGCCGUGUCAGGUCGCGGUCUAAAGAUCGAGGACAUCCUGAAGGACGACGAACUUCUAACGGCGUUCUUGCUGCGAGAUGCCGAGCUCCCCCAGUCUGUUGUCUACCAGUUGACCAAUGCGGAAAUCCGAAUAGAACAGUUUGCGUCAGGCAUCCCGGACCUGCAGUUGAAGGACAUCGCGUGCAGCCAGGCACUACUAGAGCGCUUCAUCAUCUUCCCGAGCCGCCACGGCCUCCACAGCGUCCGCAAUGCCAUGUGCGCCCUCACCCAACAGCGGCUGCAGAAGAUCGAGGAUGCGCUCUACGCCAACGUGGACUUCUUCAAGAUCUUCCAACUGUUGCCUCGCAUUAUGGACGGCUCUUCCGAGGGGGUGGACCUGCGGCAAUGGGGUCGCGUCCUCAGGGCGUCGUCAGAGAGGAUACGAGAGCUGAUUCAGCGCAACAACUCCCGGGCACUCAUCAAAGCAGUGACUUCGCUCUUCGGCGAUGGCGGCCCUGCCUCUUUCUCGGAGCUGACGGCGUCCAUGUCCAGCCUUUUCUGCGGCUACCCGGAGGGCGGCGGUGCACGUGUACUUUCUUUCAACUGGUACGAGGACAACAACUACAAGGUGUUCCUGGGUGUCAACAACAGCCGUGCCCGUGACACCUACGUCUAUGACUACACUACCACUGGCUUCUGCAACAGCCUGAUGGAAACGCUGGAGUCUAACCCGGUCACCAAAGCGGUGUGGAAUUCUGUCAAGCCCCUGCUGAUGGGAAAGAUCCUCUACACUCCUGACUCCCCUGCCGUCCGGAAGAUAUUAAAAAGCGCGAACACCACCUUCGAGGAGCUGGAGAGGCUGCGCAACAUUGCCAAGAUGUGGGAAGAGGUGGGGCCUCAGCUGUGGGCUUUCUUCCACAACAGCGUGCAGAUGAAUGUAAUCAGAGACACACUGGCAAACCCCACGGUGAUGAACUUUAUGGACACGAGCCUGGAGGAUGCCAACGUGACCACCAGAGAUAUCCUCAACUUCCUGUACAGUGGCUCAGAAGAAUGGCGACAGGCAGGAAUGUCCGGCUUUGACUGGAGGAACAUUUUUAACGUCACUGACCAAAUCAUGCACACCAUCAACAGAUAUGCGGAGUGCAUCACUCUGGACAAGUUUGUGGCCUACACGGACGAGUCGCAGAUGAUCCACCAGGCCUUGUACCUGCUGGAGGAAAACAAGUUCUGGGCCGGCGUGGUCUUCGCCGACAUAUACCCCUGGACCACCAGUCUCCCACCACAUGUCAAGUACAAGAUCCGCAUGGACAUCGACGCCGUGGAGCGCACAAACAAGGUCAAAGACAGGUACUGGGAUCCAGGCCCUAGGGCGGACCCCGUGGAGGACCAGAGAUACAUCUGGGGUGGCUUUGCCUACUUGCAAGACAUGAUUGAACAUGGCAUCAUUAAAGUGCACACGGGUCACGAUUGGCCACUAGGGGUCUAUGUGCAGCAGAUGCCCUACCCUUGCUACGUGGAUGACCUCUUCAUGAUCACGCUGAACCGCUGCUUCCCGAUGUUCAUGGUGCUGGCGUGGAUCUACUCAGUGUCCAUGACAGUGAAGAGCAUUGUAUUGGAGAAGGAGCUGCGCCUCAAGGAGACCCUCAAGGCCAUGGGCGUGGCUAACGGUGUCCUUUGGUGCACCUGGUUCAUCGAUAGCUUUGUCACCAUGGCGGCCAGCACGAUGCUGCUCACCUCCAUCAUUGUGGGUGGCAAGGUGCUGAACUACAGCGACCCGGUGCUGGUGUACCUCUUCCUGCUGACGUUCACCGUGGCCACCAUCAUGCAGUGCUUCCUCAUGAGCGUCUUUUUCAACAAAGCCAACCUGGCGGCAGCGUGCAGCGGUGUGCUUUACUUCACCCUCUACCUGCCGCACGUGCUUUGCCUCGCCUGGCAGGACCGCCUCACCGUCAACAUGAAGAUGGGCGCCAGCCUGCUGUCUCAGGUGGCAUUUGGCUUUGGGACAGAGUACCUGUCACGCUACGAGGAGCAGGGCGUGGGCCUGCAGUGGGACAACAUUCAGACCAGCCCGCUAGAGAAGGACAACUACUCCUUCCUUACCUCCAUCUUUAUGAUGGCGCUGGAUGCCAUACUCUACGGCAUCCUGGCCUGGUACCUGGACAACGUCUUUCCAGGUCAGUACGGCAUUGGUCGGCCAUUCUACUUCCCCCUGCAGCCUUCCUACUGGCACAAAUCUUCAUCUGCAGCUGCUGCCACAGAUGACUUAGUUGCACCAGAAGCGGACAAUGCAGGAAAGGACCCUGAAAGUGGCGGCACACCUGCACACACUGGCAACACCUGUAACGGCUCAGCCAGGAGGAAAACCUGCAAGCACCAAAACAAACGGGAGCGCCUGGAGAAGGAGAAAGAGUGGCUGAGGCUACAGGAGGAGCAAGAGGAGAAGGAGGAGAAGGAAAACGCCUCCGGGAGCCAAGAGGGCCUGCUUUUGUUUGAGCCGGAUCCAUUGGGUCUGGAGUUGGGGGUUUGCAUCCAGGAGCUGGUCAAGGUGUUUCCAGGAGGCUCUCGCCCCGCUGUCGACCGCCUCAGCCUCAAUUUCUACGAGGGUCAGAUCACCUCCUUCCUGGGACACAAUGGGGCCGGCAAGACUACCACCUUAUCCAUCCUUACCGGGCUCUUCCCGCCCACGUCCGGUUCUGCUUACAUUUACGGAAGAGACAUCCGCACCGACAUGGACGCCGUGCGGUCCUCCUUGGGGAUGUGUCCUCAAUACAACAUCCUUUUCAAUCACCUGACAGUAGAAGAGCACAUCCUGUUCUACUCGCUGCUGAAGGGUCGCACGCACCCCGAGGCGCAGAAGGAGGUCGAGGACAUGCUGGUGGACCUGGGCCUACCUCACAAGCGAGAAGACGAAGCCCAGAACCUCUCAGGUGGCAUGCAGAGGAAGCUGUCAGUCGCCAUGGCGUUUGUUGGCGGCUCCAAGGUGGUCAUCCUGGACGAGCCCACUUCCGGCGUGGAUCCUUAUUCCAGGAGGUCUAUAUGGGACCUCCUGUUGAAAUACAGAUCCGGUCGCACGGUGAUCCUGUCCACGCACCACAUGGACGAAGCCGACCUACUGAGCGACCGCAUCGCCAUCAUCUCCAAGGGCCAGCUGCACUGCUGCGGCUCACCGCUCUUCCUCAAGAACUGCUUUGGUGCUGGCUUCUACCUGACUCUGGUUCGGCGCAUAAAGGACCUCAAGAAGAAAGAGAACGACUGUGACUGUGCCUCCGACUGUUCCUGCACCUGCUCCAUUUGCACCAGACACAAGGAUCAGUCCCAAAACCUGUGCCAGACAGCCGAACGGGUCCUCGAGGGGAACCUGGACAGCAUCAGCGGCCUCAUCCACCACCACGUCCCCGACGCCAAGCUCAUCGAAGCCAUCGGUCAAGAGCUUACCUUCCUGCUGCCCAGUCGAUGCUUCAAGCACCGCGCCUACGCCAGCCUCUUUAGGGAGCUGGAGGAGACCCUCGCCGACAUGGGCCUCAGCAGCUUUGGCAUCUCCGACACAUCCCUGGAGGAGAUCUUCCUAAAGGUGACAGCAGAUGGCGAGGCAUUAGCGAGCAAUCCCGCCACCGCUGAAGACUGGAUGUUGCAGAGAAGGAAAAAGCAAGCGGGAGUAGAUGAAGAGCGCUACGAUGCCAUGCAAGCUAACAGCGUUACGCUGCACGCCGCGUCAGACUCCAGCGCUGGCAAAGGAUCAAGGCAGGUGAAAGGAGCCUGGCUGAUCCUGAAGCAGUUUCACGCACUACUUGUCAAGAGAUUUCAUCAUGCCACUCGAAGCCGCAAAGACUUUGUGGCCCAGAUUGUCCUACCUGCCAGCUUCAUCCUCAUAGCGCUCAUCUUCACCACCAUCGUUCCACCCUUUGGAGAGUACCCCAGCCUGACGUUGAGCCCCUGGAUGUACGGACCGCAAGUCUUCUUCUUCAGUAAUGAGAAACCCUUGGACCCGACCAUGAGGCACUUUGUAGAACGCUUCUUAAGACAACCGGGUCUCGGAACCCGAUGCAUGCAAGGGGAACCACUGGGGCUGCCUUGCGACCACGAGCCGUCCGAGUGGCAACGUCCCGACGUGGAUGCCGUGACGAGCAACAUCCUGCAGAGUCCGGAGUGGAACCAGAGGAACCCGUCACCCUCCUGCCUGUGCAGCAGCAGUAGAAAGCUAACCAUGAUGCCCAUCUGCCCCGCUGGUGCCGGAGGCCUCCCGCCCGUGCAACGCUUGGAAGCCACGGGGGACACCUUGAUGGAUCUCACUGAGCGCAACAUCUCGGACUUCUUAGUCAAAACUUACCCAAGUGUCAUCAGAACAAGUUUGAAGAGCAAAUACUGGGUCAAUGAACAAAGAUAUGGUGGCCUGUCCAUCGGAGGACAGCUUCCUAUCCUGGACGUGGAGCCCAGAGACAUUGAAAACGUUUUCCGUCAACUUGGGCGGAUGCUCAACAUCACGGCGGGUCCACAUUCCAGAGUGGCAGUGCAGGAGCUCGGACCUUUCCUACGAUAUAUGGAAAGUGAAUUUAACGUAAAGGUGUGGUACAACAACAAAGGCUGGCAUGCCAUGGUGGCCUUCAUGAAUGUAGCCAACAACGCCAUCCUGCGGGCGUUCUUGCCCACUAGUGCCAAGCCCAUCGAGUUUGGCAUCACCGCCCUCAACCACCCUCUAAACCUCACCAAGGAGCAGCUUUCCGAGGUCACUGUACUGACCACAUCAGUGAACGCGGUGGUGGCCAUCUGCGUAAUCUUCGCCAUGUCCUUCAUCCCGGCCAGUUUUGUCCUCUACCUCAUCCAGGAGCGUGCCAGCCAAGCCAAGCACCUGCAGUUUGUCAGUGGCGUUAGCCCUUUUAUCUACUGGCUGUCCAACUUCUUCUGGGACAUGGUGAACUACUCCAUCAGCGCUGCCAUGGUGGUCGUCAUCUUCGUGGCAUUUGACAAAAAGUGCUACACGUCCCCAGCCAACCUGCCUGCCCUUGUAGCGCUGCUCCUGCUCUAUGGGUGGUCCGUGACGCCCAUGAUGUACCCCAUGUCGUACCUGUUCAACAUCCCGAGCACUGCCUACGUGUCGCUGUCCUGCAUCAACCUGUUCAUCGGCAUCAACAGCAGCGCUGUCACUUUCAUCCUGGAGCUCUUCGAAAACAACCGGUCGCUGCUGAUGUUCAACAAGUGGCUGAAGAAAGGCCUGCUGGUCUUUCCUCACUUCUGUCUGGGUCGCGGCCUUAUCGACAUGGCCAUGAACCAGGCGGUCACCGACGUCUACGCCCGUUUCGGUGAGGAGCACACAGACAAUCCCUUCCGAUGGGACUUUAUUGGGCGGAACGUUUGCUUCAUGGCGGCGGAAGGUUUUAUCUUCUUUGCUUUCAACCUCCUCAUUCAGUACCGUUUCUUCUUGGACCACUGGUUAUCAGACAGGAAACGUAGCCCGGCGCCAGACGAGGACGACGACGUGGCAUGCGAGCGACGAAGAAUCUACGAUGGCGGCAGCAAGUCGGACAUCCUGCAGAUCCAAGACCUCACCAAGACUUAUGUGGGCAGCAAAAGGGUGGCUGUUGAUGGGAUCUGUGUGGGUGUUCCCGCCGGUGAGUGUUUCGGACUUUUAGGCGUCAACGGCGCCGGCAAGACGACCACCUUCAAAAUGUUGACAGGCGACACUGACGUCAGCUCCGGGGAUGCUACUGUGGUUGGUUACAGCAUCCUGAAAGAAAUUCUGGACGUGCACCAGAAUAUGGGAUACUGUCCGCAGUUCGAUGCCAUUGAUGAAUUGCUGACGGGCAGGGAGCAUCUGUACCUGUACGCCCGUCUCAGGGGGGUGCCCGAGGAUGAGAUCCCCAGGGUGGCAGAGUGGGGCAUCCAGAAGUUGGGCUUGUCGGAGUACGCCGGCCGCUGCGCCGGCACCUACAGCGGUGGCAACAAACGCAAACUGUCCACCGCCAUCGCCAUGAUCGGUUGCCCGGCGUUAGUUCUUUUGGAUGAGCCCACCACAGGGAUGGACCCGCAUUCCCGCCGUUUCCUGUGGAACGCCAUUUUGAGUGUCAUCCGUGACGGGCGGGCUGUCGUGCUGACGUCGCACAGCAUGGAGGAGUGCGAGGCUCUGUGCACGCGACUCGCCAUCAUGGUCAACGGCACUUUCAAGUGUCUGGGUACCAUCCAGCACCUCAAAUACAAAUUCGGGGACGGCUACGUGCUGACCAUGAAGAUGAAGGCGGCAAAAGCGGGUGCGCCUCCUGACCUGGAGCCCGUGGAGGAAUUCAUGGAGAGCAGCUUCCCGGCGUGCGUGCGGCGCGAGAAACAUUACAACACGCUACAGUACCACAUCGCCUCAUCCUCGCUGGCCAGGAUCUUCCAGCUGGUCGUCUCCAACAAGGAGCGACUCGGCAUUCAGGACUAUUCCGUCUCGCAGACCACGCUAGACCAGGUGUUUGUCAACUUCGCCAAGCAGCAGACGGCGGAGGACGACGUGGUCACGCUGCAGCGACGCGGUGUGGGUGCACGCAAGGAUGUCAAAAUCGCGCCGGUGAAAAGGAAAACCUGAGAUGAACUUCUUAACAAGCUACACAUGUACAAAUAUAUAUUGUAUGUAAGUACUGACAAAUGAAUAUGCAAGCACCCGGAGGCUGUACAGAUGUGGUGUUUUUAAUGGAUGUUUGCAUAUCUCAUUUUUAUGUAAAUGACAUUUACAAAUGAAAGUGCAUGCUGUAUAUUUAAUAUUUGAUGAUGUAAUGCUAUGCUCAUUCUGAGAAAGCAGUGUAGACAGUUGCAGGUCACGAUUUUAUAUUCACCACAAAUAAAACAGUAGACGCUUUAUAUGUAUAUUCCAAAA